CCUGCCCCGCCCUCUCCUUCCUUCCUUCCUUCCUUCCUUCCUUCCUCUGCCCUUACAUUCACCAUUCACCUCCUCUGUAUAAGAAACAGGGGAAUAUUUAUUUUAUUCUCAAAGAAAAAGAAGAAAAAAGAAAUGGAGGUGGGAGUGAUGAGAAUCUGAACUGUCUUCCUCCUCCUCCUCCUCCUCCUCCUCCUCAUCUUCUUCUUCUUCUCCUUCCUCCUCGUCCUCCUACUUUUUGCUCCAUAAUGGGUCCUGUUUGAGAAACCCAGAAACCCCAAUCAGCGAGAUUCCCCCCCUGCCUCUGUUCUCAUGGCAGAGCCAGCACUUGAAGUGUUCUCAUGGCUGAAAAACCUACCUUUAGCUCCAGAGUACCACCCUACCCUGCAGGAGUUCCAAGAUCCAAUUGCCUACAUUUUCAAGAUCGAGAAGGAGGCCUCCCAGUAUGGCAUCUGCAAAAUUGUUCCCCCUGUUCCUCCCCCUCCGAAGAAAUCCACCAUCACUAACCUCAACCGCUCCCUCUCAGCUCGUUCCGCUGGAGCUCCUACAUUCACUACCCGGCAGCAGCAGAUCGGGUUCUGCCCACGGAAGCCCUGCCCGGUGAAGAAACCCGUGUGGCAGAGCGGUGAGACCUACACGUACCACGACUUCGAGGCUAAAGCCCGGGCCUUCGAGAGGAGUUACUUGAAGAAGUAUGCAAAGAAGAAUGCCUCCCCUUCGGCCCUUGAAAUUGAGACCCUUUACUGGAAGGCAGCCGUGGAUAAGCCCUUCUCGGUCGAGUAUGCCAAUGAUAUGCCCGGUUCAGCUUUUGGUCCCUUCGGGUCAAAGAAGGCAGGGGAGGGGGCGCCACUGAAUGUUGGGGAGACAAAUUGGAACAUGAGAGGGGUCUCCAGGUGGAAAAGCUCUCUGUUGAGGUUUAUGAAGGAGGAGAUUCCUGGGGUCACUUCUCCUAUGGUUUACUUGGCAAUGUUGUUCAGUUGGUUUGCUUGGCAUGUGGAGGAUCAUGACUUGCAUAGCUUGAAUUACUUGCAUAUGGGGGCCGGGAAAACUUGGUAUGGUGUCCCUCGGGAUGCAGCAGUUGCGUUUGAGGAGGUUGUCCGGGUUCAAGGGUAUGGAGGAGAGGUCAAUCCACUCGUUACAUUUGCCAUUCUCGGGGAGAAGACGACAGUAAUAUCUCCAGAAGUGCUCGUCGGGGUAGGAGUCCCAUGCUGCAGAUUGGUGCAAAAUGCUGGCGAGUUUGUUGUCACUUUCCCUAGAGCUUAUCAUUCUGGGUUCAGUCAUGGGUUUAAUUGUGGGGAGGCUGCUAAUAUUGCAACUCCUGAAUGGUUGAGAGUUGCAAAAGAUGCGGCCGUUCGAAGAGCGUCGAUCAAUUAUCCUCCCAUGGUUUCCCAUUUCCAGCUACUCUAUGAUCUUGCUCUUGCACUCUGUUCAAGCAGGGUGCCUAAUGGAAUCCACACUGGGCCUCGAAGUUCUAGAUUGAAAGAUAAGAAGAAGGGCGAAGGAGAGUCUAUGAUCAAAGAGCAGUUUGUGCGAGACGUCAAACAGAAUAAUGAACUACUUCAUGUGCUUGGAAAGGGAUCUUCCGUAGUACUUCUUCCGCAAAAUGCUGCAGAUGUUUCUGUUUGUUCAAAUUUACGUAUCGGGUCUCACAUGUCCCUUUCCUUGAGCAAUCCUGAUGAGGAUAUGAAGUCUCCUGGCACUUUUAUGGCCGACAAUAUUAUGUCUGACAGAAACAGUGGUAUCAAUCCUUUGAAAGGUUCAUACUCGAUGAAAGCAAAAUUUGCCUCUCUGUGUGAAAGAAGAAGGGCUUUGCUGAGUGGGAAUGGUGAUAGUCAAACAACGGUUCAAGAGACAAAUAACAGAUUCACUGGGGCCCAGAAGGAUGCGCUCGGUGAUAUGUUGUCUGAUCAGAGGUUGUUCUCGUGUGUUACUUGUGGAAUCUUGACCUUUUCUUGUGCUGCAAUUGUUCAACCCAGAGAACCUGCUGUGAGAUACCUCAUGUCUGCUGAAUGUAGCUUCUUCAAUGAUUGGACUGUCAACUCUGGAGUUCCGCUUAAGAGAUUGGAUGUUAUUGGUGGUAACAAGUCAUUUUGGGGGCAGAAACCCUUUGCAGGUACAGAAGAGAAAGGUGUUGCAAAUGAUCUAUGCAUUGUCCCCGUUUACUCGUCUAAUUCUCAACUUCACUUUCCAUGUGAAAAUGAGCAAAUGGUUUCAAGUCCUGAACAAGGAGGGACUUCUGCACUGGGCCUAAUUGGCUUAAACUAUGGAGAUUCAUCCGAUUCAGAAGAUGAUCAUCAUGAACCCAAUGGUUCUGAUCCGGGUGAUGAAAAUUCUUUGAGGGCCUCCCCAUCAGAAAAUAAAUAUCGCCAGGAAAUUCUUGCAUUACCUUCCAAUGCAAAUCAUCCAAGUUCUGAUUUCCCCGUAGGGGUCGAGACAAAUAAAAUAGAACCUGGAAGUGUACAGGGUACAUAUGGAAAACUGACAUCGUUUAAUGUUACUUCUGGCUGUUCCAAGCCAAUCCUUCCUGCCAAUGAAGAUUCUUCUAGGUUGCAUGUCUUCUGUCUUGAGCAUGCCGUAGAGGUAGAACAGCAGCUACAACCGAUUGGAGGAGUGGAUGUAUUUCUUCUAUGUCACCCAGACUAUCCUAAGGUAGAAGCCGAGGCAAAGUUGGUGGCUGCAGAAUUUGGCAUAGAUAAUCACUGGAACGAGAUAUCCUUCAAGAACGCUACAAGAGAGGAUGAGGAGAGAAUCAAGUCAGCUCUUGAUAGCGAAGAUGCAAUCCCUGGGAGUGGAGACUGGGCCGUGAAGCUCGGGAUAAAUCUCUUCUACAGUGCAAGUCUGAGUUGGUCCUCUCUUUACAGUAAGCAGAUGCCUUACAACUCUGUGAUAUAUAACGCUUUCGGUCGAAAUUCUUCAAGCUCUACCUCGCCCAUGAGGCUUGACGAUUGUGGAGGGAAGAAGGCUAGUAGGCAGAGGAAUGUAGUUGCAGGAAAAUGGUGUGGUAGAGUGUGGAAGUCAAAUCAGGUCCAUCCUUUCCUAGCUCAAGAAGAUUCCGAGGAAGUGGAAGAAGAAGAAGUAGAAGAAAAGAGAAGCUCUCGUGCUUUAGGGACAAAGGUUGAAGCCACUCCGGUAAUUAAGAAGUAUGAGAGGAAGAGAAAAAAAGGUGGGUCUGCUGGGCCGUCCAAGAGGAAUAAAUGUUUUGGCAAAGAGGAAGUGGAGGCUUCAACUGAUUCGUUGGUUGAUACUUCCAAAAAGCCGAAACAGCCAGGGAAGGGUAAAUCGGCCAAGAUGAGCUUUAAAAGAGGAGCAGUGGUUGCAGAGGAUGGGGUGGAUGAAUCGGGUCCUCCAUAUCAGAGGCCUCCCAGACAUAAGGGGGCAAAGAGUGUUGAUCGAGAUAGUCAUGAUAAUUCCAAUGUUUCAUUGGAAGGCCAUUACGAAGAGCCACCGAGUAGGAGGAUUUAUAGGCCAAAGCCAGCACAGUUUACUCCGGUCGAAGAUGUGAAUUCAGAUGUUUCACUCUCGGGUGAUUCUCAGCAUGAAAGGAGGAUGCUGAGAGGAAAGAUAAUGAAACGAGUUGUUGAAGAAGAAGAAGAUGAUGCUGAUGAAAUGUCUGAUGAUUCAGUUGGUGUUAAGAAGAGCUUCUCUCGGAGGAGGCGAGGGACCUAUGAGAGCGAGAAUGAUUCAGUGGAGGGCGACAAAUCUCCUUCACUGCCAAGGAUUCUCCAGAAUAAGAGACAGAAGCAGGAGGUUGCUCAGAAUAUGUUACGAGAGAUCUCUCAACGUAGACAAGGGAAUCCUCACCCAAUCAGAGGGAGGAUCUCUCUGCCUGUUAAACAGCGAACCCCACGGGUGAGCAAAGAGGUCACUCCUCGUCUAGUGAAACAGGAGAGUCCUCGUUUUCGGAAUGAGAAAGAGAAAUUUGUGGAGGAAGAGGAAUCAGAAGGGGGCCCCAGCACUCGACUCCGGAGAAGGGCAUCGAAGGCCGCCAAAGGAACCGGAGCCAAAGCAAAGGCGAACAAAAAGCAAGCAGCUAGUAGCAACAGGAAGGAGAACCCGAAGAAUCCCUCUGGGUUGAGUGCCGGUAAAACGAGGAACAACGAGAUGGAGUAUUCCUGUGAUAUCGAGGGCUGUAGCAUGAGCUUCAGGUCGAAGCAGGAACUUGUACUCCACAAGAAGAACAUAUGCCCUGUCAAGGGCUGUGGGAAGAAGUUCUUCUCUCACAAGUAUCUGGUGCAGCAUCGCAGGGUGCAUAUGGAUGAACGCCCGCUUAAGUGCCCAUGGAGUGGCUGCAAGAUGUCAUUCAAGUGGGCCUGGGCUAGGACUGAGCACCUGCGGGUUCACACGGGCGUCCGCCCUUACGUUUGCGGUGAGCCGGGCUGCGGUCAGACAUUCAGAUUCGUGUCGGACUUCAGCCGUCACAAGCGGAAGACCGGGCAUUCCAUAAAGGGUAAGGAGAAAGGCUUGUAGAGAGGCUGGUAACUCUGAUUGGAUGUGACUUUGUUGGGGGGGGGGCAGCAGUAGGGUUUGGUUGGCUUAGAAGAAGAUCAAUAGGGUUAGGGAUUUGCCCUGUAACAGUUGUUAAAUUUGACGAUUUGAUUUUAGUGUUGAAACAGUGGUUGACUCUGUGCUGAUUAGGGAUUUUUGAUUGGACGCCCAUUGUUUGGUAGGGACCAAAAAUCCACUUUGCUUCUCAAGUGUACAUCAUUGUUGAGAUCUCUACCUUUGUCUGGUCUGUAUGUCCUUCUGUUGUUCCUUCCAUCCAAGAAAGCAUCCAGUAACUGUCA